AUGGUUCAAACUACCUGGAAAGCUAUCGCCCCGGUGCCCACGUCGCAGGAGUUCCUCGAUAUUGUCCUAUCGAGGACUACCAGGAAGACUCCUACUGUUAUUCGAUCUGGUUUCAAAAUCAGCAGAAUCAGAGCCUUUUACCUCAGAAAGGUUAAAUUUACCCAAGAUACCUUCACUGAAAAGCUUCAGGCAAUUCUCGAUGGCUUUCCGAAGCUUCAGGAUAUCCAUCCUUUCCACAAGGAUCUCAUGAACACACUUUACGAUGCCGACCAUUUCCGAAUCGCUCUCGGUCAGCUCUCCACAGCAAAGCAUCUAAUCGAACAGGUCUGCCGUGAUUAUGUCCGUCUCAUCAAAUAUGCGCAGUCUCUCUUCCAGUGCAAACAGCUAAAGCGUGCGGCAUUGGGUCGUAUGGCUACCAUCACUCGUCGUCUGAAAGACCCUCUUCUCUAUUUGGAACAAGUCCGACAGCAUCUUGGUCGUCUUCCGGGUAUUGACCCCAACACACGAACCCUCCUCAUCUGUGGUUAUCCCAAUGUCGGAAAGAGCAGUUUCCUCCGAAGCAUCACCAGGGCAGAUGUGGAUGUUCAACCAUAUGCCUUUACGACAAAGAGUUUGUUUGUCGGUCAUUUCGAUUAUAAAUACCUGCGAUUCCAGGCCAUCGAUACCCCAGGUAUUCUCGACCACCCACUCGAAGAAAUGAACACCAUUGAAAUGCAAUCGAUCACCGCUAUCGCCCAUUUGAAAUCUGUGAUUCUUUACUUCAUGGAUCUCUCUGAGCAGUGUGGAUACUCGGUUGCCGCUCAAGUCCAGCUUUUCCACUCGAUAAAGCCUUUGUUUGCGAACAAAAUCGUAUUUGUGGUGGUAAACAAGAUCGAUGUCGUCAAGCCGGAGGAUUUGGAUGAAGAAUCACAGAAAUUGAUUCAGACCAUGCUUCAGGGUGGAGAAGUCGAGAUGCUACAGUUGAGCUGUCAUACCGAACAGGGUAUCUCGGAGGUGAAGAACAAGGCUUGUGAACGACUACUUGCUGCGCGAGUAGAGCAGAAAUUGAAGACAAACCGAGCAACUGAUAUUCUCAACCGGAUACAUGUUGCGCAACCUAUUGGCGGUGUUACACGAGAAGCCUUUAUCCCUGAUGCGGUUAAGGAGAGGACGAAAUACGACGUCAACGAUCCAAAUAGAAGAAAAUUGGAGAAGGAUAUCGAAGCUGAGGAAGGUGGUGCUGGUGUUUAUAACAUUAAUCUGAAGAAGAACUACAUGCUUGACAACGAAGAGUGGAAAUUUGACAAGGUUCCUGAAAUCUUUGACGGCAAGAAUGUUUACGACUUUAUCGACCCUGAUAUCGAAUCGAAACUUGCCGCAUUGGAGGCUGAGGAAGAAAGACUUGAGGCUGAAGGUUUCUACGAUGAAGAAGAGAGCAUUGAGGAUGACGAUGAGGCAGAUAUCCGAGUGAAGGCUGAGUUCAUCAGAGAACAGAAGCAGUUGAUCCGAAAUGCUGCGAGAAGCAAGAAGGCGCUGAAGAACCGAGCUGUUAUCCCACGUCAAAAGAUGCCGAAGAACAUCAGCGAGAUGAAGAAUAGCCUUGAAAAGAUCGGCCUGGACGCCAGCACCGUUGUUGACAGGGCAAGAAGCAAGAGCCGUGGACGUUCUGUGGCUAACAGAAGCAGAGCCACAUCUGAAAUGGGUGGUGAUGCUGAAAUGAGAGAUAUCAGUAUGCACGAUAUCAGUCAAAUGACUCUGAAGGAACGUGCGAAGAGCAGAGUUAGGAGCCAGAGCAACAGACGUGAAGAUGGUGUUACGAAUGAGGGUGCCAGAACGAAGGCCGAGAAGAUUGCCAAGUUGAACCAGAAGAAGAUGAACAGGAUGGCCAGACAGGGUGAGGCUGAUAGACAUGUCUCUGCAGCUCUGCCGAAGCAUUUGUUUUCGGGCAAGAGAACCAUCGGAAAGACCAACAGACGUUAA